GUUUUCCAACCGCUCCUGCUGCAGCUCCACCAGAAGAAAAGCUAUCCGUUAGCUGGAAGGAGCCUUCACACACACACACACUCAAAAAGCAUGAAGCGGCCUUAAAAAUAUGAAAGGAACUAAAGACGCGGCCUCACCAAAGUCUGUCUCCUCACGGUGCGUGUUUUCCACUCUCACAAACAAACAUGACUGAGGCCCAUCACGCCGGGAUGUCCUCGGCUCCAACGCCGCUGCCACACUCCGAGUCCGGCUCCCCGGCAGCAGAGAUGGACCCGGUGGAGUACACGCUCAGGAAGCGGCUCCCCCGGAAGCUUCCCAAGCGGCGGAACGACGUCUACGUCAACAUGAAGACGGAUUUCCGAGCCCAGCUGGCGCGCUGCCAGAAGCUCCUGGACGGAGGGGGCCACCGGGAGAUCUGCGUCCACGGCCUGGGCCUCGCCAUCAACCGAGCCAUCAACAUCGCGCUGCAGCUGCAGGCCGGCAGCCAGGGAGCGCUGCAGCUGGCGGCCAACACCUCCACCGUGGAGCUCGUCGACGACCUGGAGCCCGAAGAUCCCGAUGAGAGCGGGGAGCCCAUGACGCGCACGCGCAACAACUCCGCCAUUCACAUUAAAGUCUUCUACCCUGAACCUUAGUGACUAGAAACCCACCAUGAAGACCCUGUACAGCUUCCACCAUCUGUUUAUGCUGAUAAUAACUUUUUGGGACCUUUAUUGUGAAGUUCAAGGAGCUGCAGGCCACCUUAGUUUCUGCUAAGAUUCAACUUCCCAUUGUUGUUGUUUUUUUUCUUUUCAUAAAAUCAUCAAGUGAAACUUUUACGAUGUAUUUGUGAACAUGUGCCACAUUUAUUUAUUUUAAAAACCUUUAAGCCUGCAUGUACUCAGAAAAAAUAAAAAACCAAACGUAAAAAUAACUUUUCAAUUGACUGUCAUACCCAUGAAUGUCCACUAGAUGUCAGUAUUUAGCUACAGAGGUUUUCCAAUCACAAGUUGUCAGUUUUCUUCAAAGUAAUUUUUCGUUCUUUAAAUACAACACCUACGUUUAAAUAUACGUGUCAGGGUCGAGAUCAGAAAAAAAUAAGCCUCAAGUCUUGAAAAUAUGAUGGAAGAAAAAUACGUUUUUGUUUGCACUUAAAUAGCCAGUUUUACAAUGACGGAACAAAAACAGUACAACUAAA